GGUGUGCCGCUGUUUGAAGUUGGACUUGGAAAGUGAACGGUCUGGAAUGUCAACUCUUCACCGCGGCCAUUAGGAUCUUAUCUUGUGGCUCGAGCAGACAGAGGGCAGAAGGCGCAGACCUGAUUAGAGCCGCGAUGAGUAAAGUCGCCAAGCUGUUUAAGGGAACUUCAGGUUCCAAAGGGAAGCAGCGCUCGCGCGCAGGCCCGUCUCCGCAGGAGGCCAUUCACAAGCUGCGCGAGACCGAGGAAAUGCUCACCAAGAAGCAGGAGUACCUGGAGAAGAAGAUCGAGCAGGAGAUCAUGAUCGCGAAGAAGAACGGCACAAAAAACAAAAGAGCUGCACUUCAGGCUCUGAAGAGGAAGAAGCGUCUGGAGCAGCAGCUGACUCAGAUUGAUGGGACGUUAUCCACCAUCGAGUUUCAGCGGGAGGCGCUAGAGAAUGCCAACACAAAUACGGAGGUCCUGAAAAACAUGAGCAUGGCUGCCAAAGCUAUCAAAGGAGUCCAUGAGAAGAUAGAUAUGGAUAAUAUCGACUCUCUCAUGGAGGACAUCACAGAGCAGCAGCAGAUCGCUCAGGAAAUCAGCGAUGCUAUUUCCCAGCCUUUCGGUGAUCAGUUUGAUGAGGAUGACUUGUUGGCCGAGCUGGCAGAGCUGGAGCAGGAAGACCUAGAGGAAAGUAUGAAAAAUAUGGGCGGGCUACCCAGUGUACCAACAUCCAAACUGCCCAGCACAAGACCUAGUCAUCGUACAACAACAAAGAAAAGAGUGGAGGAUGAAGAUGACAUGAAGAUGUUGGCAGCCUGGGCUUCUUAGUUAUCACAAAACAUACACAUAUACCACAGACACCAGGUUUUAUGAAAAGGCAAAUAGCUUAAGGUUAAAGGAUAUAACCAUAUUCUAGCAUUUUAGACAACACAAAUUGUCUAUUGUAAAAUUGAAGUAUCAGCUGAAUGAAGGAUUGUAGAGAGUAGCUUCUAAAUAGCAUAUGAAUGAAGGAAUGAUGGGCAGAGGUACCAUAAAGAGGGGUCCAAUGCACCUCUGAAGUGAUCGGGAGUGAAAAAUCCUUACUGGCACAUCUGGUGAUGGGCUAUAAAUCAUAGACAUGUAAAUAUAAUGAGACACUAAAAUCGGUGUGAAAAUCAUUUUUUAUUAUUUUAUUUUGAUCAGAUUAUUAUCUUGAUUAUUUUAAUAAAGCCCAGUUAAAACUCA